GCAGGAAGGAACCGCCUGGGAUUUGGGCACUAAGGGGAGGAGCGAACAGAUUCGCGCGGCCGCCGAGGCGGAGCUGGCGGUGCCAACGCCCAGGGGAACCCUAAGGCCCUGAAAUGCAAAGCGGGCCGCAAAAACGCUGGGUGAAGUUGAGCAGGGUAGCCCAGCUUUGGUGACGCCUCCUUCCGCUCCCGGCCCCCGGCCCCGUCUCUAGGGGGCAUGCCUCGCCCCGAUAAACGUCAUCAACCAGCGCCCUGCAGCCCUCAGUCAUUCGGCCCCGCCCUCGCGGCGGCCGGCCCCCAGCUGCCCUCUCCAGCUAUGGUCCUGGCCUGUGGUUUGUAAGUUGGCACCCGGGUCUCCCGACGUGGCCUGGUUUUGAUGGCUGCGGCGGCGGCCCUGGCAGAGGCCGAUCCCCCUCCUGCGAUGCCGCAGGCGGCAGGGGUCGGAGGGUCCACCGCCCGGCGAGACUUCUACUGGCUGCGCUCCUUCCUGGCCGGAGGUAUUGCUGGAUGCUGUGCUAAAACAACAGUUGCUCCUUUGGAUCGAGUAAAGGUUUUAUUACAAGCUCAUAAUCACCAUUACAAGCACCUAGGAGUAUUUUCUGCACUUCGUGCUGUUCCCCAAAAGGAAGGAUACCUUGGAUUGUAUAAAGGAAAUGGUGCCAUGAUGAUUCGAAUCUUUCCCUACGGUGCAAUCCAGUUUAUGGCAUUUGAGCAAUAUAAAACGUUGAUUACCACAAAGCUGGGAAUUUCUGGUCAUGUGCACAGAUUAAUGGCUGGAUCCUUGGCAGGCAUGACGGCAGUUAUCUGUACUUACCCUCUUGACAUGGUCAGGGUGCGCCUAGCGUUCCAGGUGAAAGGGGAGCACACCUACACAGGAAUUAUUCAUGCAUUCAAAACAAUUUAUGCAAAGGAAGGUGGUUUCCUUGGAUUUUACAGAGGCCUGAUGCCUACUAUAUUAGGAAUGGCUCCGUAUGCAGGUGUUUCAUUUUUUACUUUUGGUACCUUAAAGAGUGUUGGGCUUUCCCAUGCCCCUACCCUUCUUGGCAGACCGUCAUCAGACAAUCCUAAUGUGUUAGUUUUGAAAACUCACAUAAAUUUACUUUGUGGUGGUGUUGCUGGAGCAAUAGCACAGACAAUAUCCUACCCAUUUGAUGUAACUCGUCGGCAAAUGCAAUUAGGAACUGUUCUGCCAGAAUUUGAAAAGUGCCUUACCAUGCGGGAGACUAUGAAGUAUGUCUACGGGCACCAUGGGAUCCGAAAGGGACUGUACCGUGGGUUAUCUCUCAAUUACAUUCGCUGCAUUCCUUCUCAAGCCGUGGCUUUUACAACGUAUGAACUUAUGAAGCAAUUUUUUCACCUAAACUAAAAAAAAAAAUUGUUCCUUGUGGUUUCUUUUCUUUCAUAAACUCUCAGAAGGAAAAAUUAAAUGCAGGAGAAGCAUUACUUGACAGGGGUUAUUUACCCUAGCAUAGGAACCACUGGUAUUUUUUUUUUUUUUUUUGGUACCAGGGAUUGAACUCAGGUCUUUGCACUUGUGCAGCAGACAGCGAAACCACUGAGCUAAAUCCCCAGCCCUCCACUGGUAUUUUAAUACUUGAUUUAUUUUUAAGUCACAAAUCAGAAGUGCUUAACUGACUUUUUGAUGCUAAUCUUUAUAUCUUAGAACACUGAAAAAAAAUUCCUAAGCUGAUGCUGGCUAAUCAGUUAGGUUAUUUGAAACUAUUUAAAAGUUUUAUUUGUCAGUGCAGUGUUUGUAACUUCAUAAUGGGGUUCAAGAAAUUGCCAUUAGCUUUAUUACACUGUUUCAAGCUUUUAAUUGUAAUCAUGAUUUUUUCUUUUCUCUCCUUUUUUGUGCUCUGUCAAGGGCCAAACCCAUGGCCUUGAACAUGCUAAGCAUGCGCUCUACCACUGAGUUCACCCCAAGCCUGUAAUCAUGAUUUUGUAAAAACUCAUAACAUUGUUUAUUGUUAAGAUAUGCAGGCUUGGGUAAAUUGCAGCAGAAUGAUGAGAACAGAAUUUUUAAGUUCUGUUAUUUCUCUUCUUAUAAUUCUGCUUGACUGGAUAAGAGGAGAAAUGCUUUUCCUUCAUUUUAAAAUAAAACGUAUUUAAAAUGUAUUUAAAAAAUGACGUAUCAGGUUUUAUGCAAAUGUUAUGACCAGGUACUAUGAGUGAUUUACAUGUAUUUUUAAAAGUCCAUGUAUAGGGGCCGGGGAUUUAGCUCAGUGGUUCCGGCGCCUGCCUCACAAGUGCAAGGUCUAGAGUUCGAUCCCUGGUACCAAAAAAAAAAAAGUCCGUGUAUAUCAGGAACUUAUAAUACAGAGUAUCUUUGUUCUCAACAACAGAGUAGCGCCACAGUUAUGUUUUGUUGGAUGGUUUGGUAUAUACUAGAAGAUUGAAAGUGAAUUGUGAAAUAUCCAUUAUUGUAGAUGUAAGUAUCAAAGGAUGUUUCUGAGCUGUUAUGAUAUGUCAACUAGGUCUUCCAUGUAAAGUCAUUUUAGUAUAUACUAUGUAAAGUUAUGGAGAAUAUAAAAUAUGAUUUGAUUGCAAUUCUUUAUAUUAAGAAAAUUGUUUAAAAUGUAAAAAUUCUACUUUUUGUGUUUAGAGCACUUUUUAUGGUUUAUUGUAACCAUGACAGAAAAGGAAAAAGGACAGUUAAAGUUCUAUAUUUAAAAAUAGUGAUUUGUAGAACUGAUGUGAUCUUUAAGAUACUAGAAAACUAAGUUGAAAGUGUUAUUUCUGCAUCAAUUUUUUUGCAUAAAAGCUGUCUGUAAUAUCUACGUAAAACUUGGAUGAGCUGGUUUCAUUUUCAAAGUCUUUAUUUUAAAAAUAAAUAUGUAUCUUAAUAUGAUUUUUUUUUAAAGUAUACCAGCAGGUAGAAAUACAUGUGUUUCUAAAACUAUUUUGUAUAUUUUCAUUUCUGGUCCACACUGUAGGUAACUAUUGUCACUAUGUCUUAAAAUAAUUUAAAUGUAUAAAAUAAAUAUCUUAGUUAUAGUAUCAAUAAAAGGGAAUGGCAACUAUUUUUUAAAUAAAAAUUUGCAUUCUAUGUCUGUUAAUAUACACAGGAUAUUAAAAAUAAACUUUAUCCUUAUU